AUGGAUUUUUCCUUCUUAUUGCUAAUAAGUGCUCUUGUGUUCAUACUGGAACAAGUCUCAGGGUCCCAUGUAAACAGAAGUCCAUCUGCGAGUGCUGCUUCACAAACUCACCGGCGUGAAAGGCGCUGCUCCUGUGAAAACCUGAAGGACAAGGAAUGCGUGUACUUUUGCCACAUAGGAAUCGUGUGGGUCGAUACACCCAGUCAGGUCAUUCCCUAUGGCAUGGGCUCACGCCUGAGACGGGAUGUUGAACGAUGUCGUUGCGUCGACGGGAAAGAUUCAAAGUGUUUGCGGUUUUGCUUCAACUCGACUCUUCAGAAAAAAGAUGAAAAUGACACAUUCAGACAGUACCAGCCAAGAAACUACAAAGAGCGAUUCAAGUCUAGCUUCCUCCAGAUGUUGAGGAGACGCAAUCCAACACAAACAACCUGA